UCUCCGUCAUCCCAACCCCCUAAAGUAGAAGAACAAAAGUUCAAUAAGACAUAUAUUUUAUGGCAGGAAAAAUUCAACGAUAAAUUUACCAAAAAAGACUUACUAAAUAAAAUCUGCGAAAUUGCCUCCUCGCCUGCUAGAGAUAUGUCAAACAUUAAAGGUUCGUUAGAAGAUGUAUAUUUAUGGGACUAUCUCUUACCUAAUUAUGGAGCAAAAGAAGGAAUCAGUCUGCUUGAUGCAUACACACGAGAAGAAUUGGUUGAUAGAUUAGUCAUCCAA